AUGACACAUACAAUAAGGGUUUUAAUUAAAUAUCAAAAUUCGAUGAUUGAUCAUUUUAUUAUUAAAGGUGUAAAACUUUCAACACAAAUUGAUAUGUUUUGUCAAAUAUUUAAAAUUCAAGAAGACCCAAUUAAAUACUCUUUACUAGUCGAAGAUUUAGGUGUUUAUUUAACUGAUGAUGCUAUAUUUCACGAGAAUUCAACAUAUAUAAAUAUAAAUAAUAAAGUCUUGGAGUUACAAUUAGGAACUUCAUAUCAAGUAUCAUCAGUACUAAAAACAAUGAGCAGUUGUAAAGAUCUUAAAAAAUCAUUAGUCCUUUUAAAAAGUCAUUUAACUAAAAAUUUUUGUGCGGAAUUUAUAAAAAAAGGUGGAUUAGAACAUUUACAAGCUAUUAUUAAAUCAGAAUCAGCAAGUGCAAAUACAUUAUCGGUUGCAUUUGGAAUAUUAGAAAUAUUAUCGGUAUAUCCUGACUUCUCUUGGGAUUAUAUUUCACAACCUGUAAUUGAUAAAGUAGUUAGUAAUUUUGGUUAUAUAAAUGUCAAUCCAUCUUUAAAAUUAGGUAUUAAAUUAGCAACUGAUAGAAAAGGAUAUACAAUGUUACAAAACUCAAUUGAUAAAACAUUUGAUACAACGACUGGUGAUAAUUGUGUAUAUAGUAAAAUUGUAAAUGGAAAUCUAUCAAGUACAGAUAUAAAUACUCAAACAUCAACAUUAAAUUUAAUUAAUAAUAUGGUAUCAUUCUCUCAAAGUCCAAUUGAAUUUUUAAAGAAUUUAGAAUCAUAUAAUAUAUCUUCAACUUUAAAAUCUCAAUUAUCUGCAACUGAUACUGCAUUUCGAAAACAAAUUUAUUUAUUUCAAUGUCAUAAAAUUCAAGGAUUAAUAAUGGAUUCUAAAACACCAUAUAAUAAAGAUGAACCAUCACAUCAAAGAUUGUUAGAAACAUUAUGGAGUACAUUAUUUCCAAAUCAAGUUUUUCAGAGAUCACAUGAGAAUUGGCAAAUCAUUGGAUUUCAAAAUAAAGAUCCAUCAUCAGAUUUCAGGGGUAUGGGAUUGGCAGGAUUAAAACAUUUAAUUUAUUUGGCACAAAAUCAUAAAGAUAUGUUUAUGAAUCCAUUGAUUAAUCGUCAACCAGAGGCAAACUAUUAUCCAUAUGCAACUAGUGGUAUUCAAGUUACUUCAUUCUUGGUUGAAUGUGUUAAACCAAUUAAUAUCUCUGCAAAUCAUUCUGAUGUUAUUGGUCAAAUCUAUCCAAUUCUAUUUGAAUCAGAGAAUGCAUUAAAUGAGAUCUAUUGUGUUUUAAUGGAAAUUUUCGGUAUAGUUUGGAAAGAUUGGAAUGCAACCUAUAUGAUCUUUCAAAAGGUUUUUCAAUUCGUUAGUGGUCUUGCAAGUGAAGUUUUACCUAAAUGUAAAUGUGUAGUUGAUUUCAAAUCUUUAAUAAUUGAAAAAUUAGAAAAUAAAAAAAAAGAAAAGAAAUCUGAAAAAAGAGGUAGUGUUUCAACUCGUCAUUCAAAACAAUUUGGUAGUAAUGGUAAUAUAAAUUCAACAACUACAACUACAACAACAACUACAACAACAACAACACCUAUAUCAACAACUGGUAGUGGUAGUUCAAAUAGUUUAAAUGGUAAUACUAGUAAUAAUAAUAAUAAUAAUAAUAUCUCAAUGUCAUAUAGUAGUAAUAAUGGUAGUACAUUAAGUGGACUUGGUAAUAAUCAUAGUAGUAAUAAUAAUAAUAAUAACAACAAUAAUAAUAAUAAUAAUAAUAAUAAUCAUAUUUUAAAUAAUAAUCAUCUUUAUGUAAAUAAUACAAAUAGUAAUAGUAGUGGUAAUAAUAUGAUUAGUUGUUCACCAAGUGGUAGUUCAAUAUCUGGUAGUGGUAGUAUUAGUAUUCAUAAUAGUCAAUCAAUGAAUUCUAAAACAUUUAUUGAAGAUAUUGAUAUCGAUGCAUGUACAGUGUCCCCCGAUGGUAAUUCACCACUUCAUAGUGCAAUAAUGAAUAGUAUGACUUUGGAUUGUAUUACCAAUGGUAUCAAUAUUAAUCUCUUUUUAAAUACAACCAAUAAUCAAGGACUAACACCACUAAAUUUAGCAUGUUCCAUUUCACCCUAUUUGAUCAUUGAUUUCUUCCUUCAACAAGAUACUGAUCCUUUCAUUCCCGCUAAAAAUGGUGAAUAUCCAUUUCAUAAUUUCUGUUCUAGAAAAUGGACAUUCAAUGAAUUCACAAGAGGUUGUAGUUUAUUCCUUGCAAAGAGUAAUCAUCAUCAAUAUCAUGAUAUCGUCAAUCAAACUAAUCACGUAACACUGGAAACACCAUUAUCAACUGCAAUUCAAUCCGGUAAUGAAGAUAGUGUUGGUCAUCUUUUAACACUUUGUCCAAAUAUUAAUAAUUAUUUCAAUAGUUCUGGUCAAAAUGCACUUCAUAUCGCUAUCUCUAAAAGAAAUUUACAUAUCAUAACUUGUCUAAUUCAAAAUGGAGCUGAUCCUUCAAUUCCAAAUGAAAUCACAAAAGAAACUUGUGAAGAUAUAUGUGCUUCUGAUCCUGAAAUAAUGAUUAUACUAAACCCAACAAAAUUAAGUAGGUCAACUUCUUCAACCUCUUCUUCAACAAGUAGAAUUCAUGAUGAAUCAAAUAAUAAUGGUUCAAUUAAAAAAAAUCCAAUACCAUUACCAAAACGACCUCAAAUAACAAAUAAUAAUAGUAUUCAAUAUAGUAAUAGUACGAGUAGUAAUAGUUUAAUUAAUAAUAAUAAUUUUAAUAAUUUAUUAUCAACUUCAAUUAAUAAUAGUUAUAAUAAUAAUAAUAAUAAUAAUAAUAAUAAUAAUAAUAAUAAUAAUAAUAAUAAUAAUAAUAAUAAUAAUAAUAAUAAUAAUAAUCCAAAUAAUAAUAAUAAUAAUAAUAAUAAUAAUAAUCCAAAUAAUAAUAGUAAUAAUAAUAAUAAUAAUAAUAAUAAUAAUAAUAAUAAUAAUAAUAAUAGCACUUUAAAUGUAAAUAAUAAUAAUAAUAGUAACAAUAAUCAUCAAUAUGUUAAUAGCCCAUAUAAUUCUAAUAAAUCAUCAAUAUCAUCACCAAAUCAUAAUAAUACACCAUCGACAUCACCUGGCAUUACAUCACCAAUAUUCCGAUCAGCAACUCCAUUAAAGCAAACAAUGUCAGUUGGAUUAAUGCAUUCACCAACUCAAGAAUCACCUCAAGUAAUUUCAACACCAACUUCACCACCAUAUCUUUCAAACAAUAAUGGGGCAGAACGUGUUUAUGGUCGUAGUGGAAGUGGUUUCUUUAAUAAUAUUAAUGGUAUGUUUAAUCAAGAAAACUUAACUAAAAAUAGUGGUAAUAAUAAUAAUAAUAAUAGUAGUAGUAGUGGGGGUAGUAGUAGUAGUAAUUCCAAUGGUAUAAAUAAUAAUAAUAAUAAUAAUAUUAAUAAUAAUAAUAAUAAUAAUAAUAAUAAUAAUAAUAAUAAUAAUAAUAAUGGUAGUAUUGGUAACAGUGGAAAUUAUAAUCAUAUGAAUAAUAUAAAUAUUGGAAGUCAUCAUAGUAAUCAUCAUAGUAAUCAUAAUGGUCCAAUUAAUAAUGGUAAUUAUCCAAAUUAUAGAGGUAAUAAUAUUACAACUUCACCAGUUGGUGUCACAGUUACACCACCAAAAGAUCAAAAGAAAGCUGACUCUGUUGUAAAUGUAAGGCGUCUUUUAAAUGAAUCACUUUGUUUAGUUGAUUUAAUUUGUAGUGGACCUGAAAAACAAAAAGAAAAUGUUAAAAAGUUAAAUGAAGCUUUAAAAUCUUGUUUAAAAAAUGUUAAAAACUUUUAA